CUCUCUCUCUCUCUCUCUCUCUCUCUCUCUCUCUCUCUCUCUCUCUCUCUCUCGUGUGUGUGUGUGUGUGUGUGUGUGGUCAUAGGAACAUCCAGAAUAACACCGUAUAUUAGAUGUAAUAAUAAUAGCAAUAUAUUAAUUAUUAUACACCAAAAUAUUAUGUAAACCUUCAAACAAUUAACACCUGAAAUGAAAUAUUGCGAAGAAAAUAUUAACUCUAAAUUCUGGAAAUUUUUUUUUUGGUCACAUUGACAGAAUUUUUUUAAUAAUAACCAUAAUAAUAAUUACAUUAGAAUCUAUCAAAUACAUUUCAAAAGAGGUAUCAACACGGAUUAUUAUUAUUAUUAUUAUUAUUAUUAUUAUUAUUAUUAUUAUUAUUAUUAUUAUUAUUAUUAUGUUUUUUUCUUUUUAGAUUUGUUUUAUAUAAGCAAUAAUAACAUUUUCACGAUGAUACGGCGUUCGUAGUAAAAUUUGUAUCUAAAAUCUACUUAAUUUAUAAAUCUUCGUGCGCAGAAAUUUUUAAAAGUGCAAAACCUUUCAAAACAUUUCAUUUUGGGAGGGAAGGGGUGAAAACUUUCGGGGAGUGAGCCUGAGAGUUUAUAAAAAAUUUUCACCACGUUUAGAAAGAAAAAAAUAUACGUAUAUAAAAUUUGCUAUGAGAAAUAUUAUCAUAAUAAUUAUUUACAUUCGUAGUCCCUAAGUGUGCGUGUGUUUUAGGCGCUAACAGUUUGUUUACAGUUUUGAGAACCGUGUAGUGAGGAUGGUGGUGGCGGUGGUGCUAGUGGUGGCGGUGGCGCUGUAAUAGACUGUAAGCAAUAAUUAUACAUCUUCAUAUUAGAAAAUUUAUUCGGAUUUUGAACUGCAAGGGAUCAUGGAGGAGAAACUGAAUACCAAAACAUACCAAACCAUCAGCCAGCGCAUGGCCACGGAGGAAGCUGCCUGUGCCCUUCUUGAGGGAAGCAGGAGAGAUGAUGAACCUGAUGGUGUGGGGACCGUCCUGGCAGAAGAGAAGGAGCGCUUCCAACACAUCAAGGAGAGACUAAGAGUCUUACUUGAACACCAAAUUACAAAUUUUAUGUAUUGUUUCCCAUUUGGUCGACCAGAAGGUGCCCUUAAAGCCACAUUAUCUUUACUUGAACGGGUGUUGAUGAAGGAUAUAGUUACUCCAGUUCCACCUGAAGAAGUGAGAGGCAUGAUUAAGAAGUGCCUAGAAAAUGCUGCUCUCCUCAACUACACUCGUCUCUCAGCAGAAACCAGAAUUGAGGGCCAUUCCUUCCGACAGGCUUCUGGAGGUUACCUGGCGAGCACCACUGGAUCCACUUUUUUGGGGGGUUCCGAGUCCGACGGAGAUGAAGGUUUCCUUCAGGGAGAUGGCAAAGAGAUGCAGGCUUCAUUUAAAAGGAAAUACAUGUACAGUUCUAAGAGGGAAGGUAUUCUUUCAAGGAGUGAAAAAGUUUAUUCUCUAAACUGAAUAGUGCUGUCUAAGAGUUGGGGUGAAGAAACAGGUAGUUAGUGAGUAUAUAUACACAAGACCACCAACACAUUAAGACAUGUGAUAGAUCCCAUGAGUUAUCUUUGCUACAAAACAUCAAGGGAAAUUAGAAUAAGGAGAGAGAGAAAAAAAAAAAAACAUGGAGUAUUAUAGAAAUCCUUAAGAGUCAAUCAACAUUAUUACAAGAAUUAACAAUGACUAGAAUACAGUGCAUGCAUUGCAAAUGACAAUUGCAUAAAAAAAUAAAAUGGAGUGAAACAGAGAGAGAGAGAGAGAGAGAGAGAGAGAGAGAGAGAGAGAGAGAGAGAGAGAGAGAAAUUUUGUUUGUAAUUAACAUGAGGUUAACCAAGUUAAUUUUAUCCCUGAAUACCAACAAUUAGUGUUUGAUGGACACUUGGCUCUCUGGUGCUUAGUAGAGUAACUUUAGCUAUACAGCAGGACAAAGAAUAAUAGUUGACAUUGAUAAUUCAUUAAUGAGGAACUGCCACAGAGUAAUAGUAAUGACAUUGAGGAGUAGUGUUAUAUUAUGCUACUUUCAGUUAGUAUAUAGAUAUAUUAUGGCUAGCAUUGCAGAAAAAGCUAUUUCCCCGCCUUUCUUUUCUUUCUGUUUCAAAGUUUAUAUUCACAACUAAUUAUUGAUUCACAAAAAGUGCACUUUUUUGCUGAUUUAAGCAUGUUACAUAUUUCCACUGUAUCAUCUCAUAAGGAAACCACUAUGAAAACUAGCACUGAAGUGACCCUUCACAUGAAAUGAUUAACUUGACCAAAGCAUUAACAAGCUGAUCACAAGGUUGUGCAAUACAGUAUUGAAUAUGCAAAUUUUAAUUUGCAUUGUACCUGCUUAAUGAACCACAUAAAAUUUAAAUAUAUUGUAUACAGUUUAAUUCUUUUCCAAAAGUUUUCUGAUUUUUUAUUUCUUUAUUUUUUUUAUUAAACAGUGAGAAUGCUUCAUUUGGCACUGGUGAUGAACCUUCACCAGCAUCUGAAUGGGAGCCAAGAAUGAGUGAAUUCAGGGAACAGAGGUGCAGCAGAUAAAAGGAUUCUUCAUGGCAAUGUGAUAGUGCUAGUUAGUAGUGUGACAAUGUAUCAAAUUAUGAUUUUUGCUUCAUAUGUGAUCCUCAUGUUAACUCUGCAGUUAACCUGUAACCAAUCCCAUAUGAUCACCCUUAGUAAUAAUACCACAUUAUCCUUGGAUUGUCUAUUUUAUUAUGUGGGCAUGAUAUAUUACAGUAAUUGCUGGUAAAAACAUGCAAGGCAGUAACUGUGCAGAACAAGAUUAACUAUAACAGGUGGCAGGCUGACAACAUUAUUCAUUUCCCUAAAUGUGUGGUGGGAAGCAUGAAGCAAAGCUUAUACAUAUAUAUAUUUUUUUCAAAUAAAUUUUUUUACAUUUGCCAAAUUUUGCAGUUUACAGUUUACAUGGAACUAAACAUAUACUUGUAACUGCAUAUAGCAAUUACUAUUUAGUAAUGAAAUAAAUAUUCUACUUCAAGUAAACAAAACCUUAUAGAUAAUUUAAAAGUAAAAAAAAAUGUAGAGAAAAAGCUUUUCCUAGAGCUUAUAUUUUAUUACUUUGAAUCCUGAUUACAGUAAACACUUUUUAAUCUCAACUAAUUGUGGAGGUGAACAUGGGUUGAGUUUGCAUAAAGUCCAAAUUAUCCAACAGUUAUCUCUAGCCAUUUGUGUCCUGAUGCCAUCGGGGAUGAGGGAAAGAGGGAGGCACAUCAGGUGUACUAUUGUGUCUCAGCAAUCAAGAUGCCAAACAUUCAUAGGAAUUCUUAUUUUUCUCUUUCAUGUUGCUUUUAAUAUAGAAUCUGAUGGCAUCAUAGGGUCAUGGCUUGGUAACAGGCGACAGAGAGUGGUAAUAAACGGCUCGAAAUCUGAGUGGGGUCAAGUAAUUAGUGGGGUGCCACA